AUGGGUUUCGACACAUUAUGGGACAUUAAUAGCUAUAAAAGUAUCUAUGAAAGUUCUGAACAUUGGAAAUUUAGAGAAGCAUUUUUGAUUGCCAAUAAAAAGAAAUACCCUAGAGAUAGAUUAGUGGCUUUGUCUAAUAUUUUUAUAAAUGUUGAAUUUAUGGAAUGCAAGUAUCCAAAGCCUACCAUGGAUCUUAUUGAAAAUCUAUCUAAAGAUUUUGUUGAUGAUUUGAGAAAUAUGCUUAACUUAAAGGUACCAAAAAACAGUAUGACUGAUUCCAAUGCUGCUGGAGCUAAAUAUAAUGAAAAUGCUGAAACCAGCACAACAAAUAAUCCACCUCCCAACAAUGAAAUGAGAUAUUUAACACCAUAUGACACCAACUGUAUAAUACCAGGUUUUAUUUUGAAAACUUCUCAGGGUGUAUCUGUCUGUGGUAUUCUUGAACAGUCAUGUAGUUUUAGCGGAAUAGCAAAACCAGAAAUAAAAUAUGAACAUUUAAGUAGCUCACAUGUUCGAUCAAAAUUGUACAUACAAAAACAAUUGAUAGCAGUUGGUGAUUCAAAUACAGAGAAAAUGGCUCAUAGAAAUGUUUUAAAUAUUGCCUAUGAUAUUUUGAAAGAAAUGUGCUUUACCAUUAAGGUGAAGGAAAUUGAUAAACAAUCUCAAAUUACAUUGUCAGAUAUGGUGAACGAUUUAGCAAUUGAUUCAACAAUUGAUUCUACCACAACUACAGAAUAUAAUAAAAUAUCACACAACAAUGUCGGUAAUAUGAUUUUGAAAAACAUGGGUUGGAAAGAAGGUCAUGGGUUAGGAAAAAAUAAUCAAGGCAUAACAUCACCAAUAGAAAUUAUUCGUCUUAAAAAAAGAGGUGGACUGGGUAUUGCAAAUUCUGAAACUAAUAUAACAAACUUGAAAGAAUUUAAAACACAAAUUAAGAAAUACCUAAUGAGGUUUUUAGAUGGUCCAAAAAAAAGACUUUCAUUUUCAUCCGAGUUCACGAAAGAAGAGCGUAUAAUUAUUCACUCGAUCUGUACAAAUAUUGGCUUAAAGGCUAAAAGUUAUGGAAGUCAAGCAAACAGGCAACUUGUGAUAGUCAAAAUACAAACUUCACAGGAAAUUUUUUAUGAACUCAAAAAUUGCAGCAACUUUGAAAAUGAUUGUUAUAUAUUGAUACCGCCACUGCAUGAAAGCAAUUAUGAACAGUGUAGUAUGAAUUUAUAA